AUGAAGACAAGGGAAGGGAGAAGUCAUGAAGAAAACAGCAAAGGGUGGCUGAGUCUUAGCCUAGGAAACAAUCCAGCAGCCAACUACUCAGCAUCAAGACCUAUGAAGGUAUACACAUGCAUCUUCUGCAAGCGAAAGUUCUACAGUUCACAGGCAUUAGGCGGUCAUCAAAAUGCUCACAAGAGGGAGAGAGAUGCAGCUAGAAGAUACCUGUCAGCAGCAAACACUACUAGUUUGGCACUUAGCUUUGUGGUUAACCAAUCGCUGGAGGUUCAAGCGCAUUCACUGGCUCACACAACAAGUCAAUAUGGUGAACCGACUGUUGAAAGGAUUGGUGAUCAUGGCGCCAUUGGAGUUAACUUGGUAAGGGCCUAUGAUGGGAAAGAAACGGUGCAAUUGAAAUGGCGUGGAGGUCUUUACUAUAAACUUCAAACAGCUUCUCAGCCUUCAGAUCAACAUAUGAUUGAUUUGAAUCUAAAGCUAUAA